GAAAAGAUGUUAUCAUUUCAUUGGGACAGAACUGGGUUGAAAGUUACAACCUUAAAGAUCACAAGGCAGAGGAGGAUGAGCUCUGCCUUCCUUAAAUACAACCUCCCCAUCUCCCUUCUACCCAUCCUUAUCCUGCCUUGAUCCAAAAACUGGGCAAACAGAGUAAAACCAAUUUCCAAAAGAAAAAAGUCAGCAGUAUGCCAUUUAUUGGAUUAGCAGCCAACUUCAUCAACUAAUGAAUACUUACAUCCACCCCCAUCAUCUCCCACUCAUUUUGCAAGACUGUGGAUGAAACAAGGAAGUAAAAUGUAUGACUAAACUAUGAUUAGUUAUUCUGUAACAAACAUACAAGAAUUAAUCAAUCCCAAAUAGUAUUCUUCUUAGAGGGUUAUGCACGCAUUUUAAUGAAGCCUGCUCCAUUGCUGGCUUUGAAUUACCUUCAGAGGCAGUUUGGAAAUCCCUUGGUUUAACAACAACAACAACCACUACAACAAAAACCUUCCUUUAGUGUCACACCUCCUUUGUAUGUAGACAUUUGCUGUAUUUAUCACUCACAUCAUUCAUUAAUUUAGCAAGUAUUUGUUUAUUCAGUCCUAUUAUGGUGUGGCCCAGGGAUACAAGGGUGAACAAAACCAGACUCGGAACAACCUUCAUACAUCUUGCUGAGGGGAGAGACAAUCACAGAUCUGCCAAAAAAAUACAAACUUCAGCUGUCCAAAGUCCAGAGGAAAGCACAUGGUGUUACCGAGUCUGUAGUGGUUAUCUGACAUGGUGAGGCUGCACUGAGAGCUGAAGGAUGAAUAGAUGUUAAUAAGGGUUAAGCAAGAGGUUUAAGAGCAUAUGAAGGCCUGUGGCAGAAAGGAACAUAUAAGCCAAAAGUCCCCAAAGCCAGAGUGUCUAGAGAGGAAUGGAACAGAAAUUGAGACAUGGGUAAUGGCCAGGCACAGUGGCUCAAACCUGUAAUGCCAGCACUUUGGGAGGCUGAGGUGGGUGGAUGACUUGAGGUCAGGAGUUUAAGACCAGCCUAGCUAACGUGGCGAAAACCUCUCUCUACUAAAAAUACAAAAAAAAAAAAAAAAAAAAUUAGCCAGGCGUGGUGAUGCCCACCUGUAGUCCCAGCUACUCAGGAGGCUGAGGCAGGAGAAUCACUUGAGCCCUGGAGGUGGAGGUUGCAGUGAGCCAAGAUUGUGCCACUGCAUUCCAGCCUGAGCAAUAGACUGAAGUGUCUGUUGAAAGACUGUCUCAAAAAAAAGAAAGGAAGGAAAGGGAAGGGAGAAAUGGAGGAAGGAAGAAUAAAAAGAGAAAGAAAAGAAAGGGGGAGGAAGAAAGACAGACAGACAUGGGUAAGUUCAGAACACACAGUACCUUACAAUGUUAUAUUUAUCUAGGCCGGGCGCAGUGGCUCAUGCCUGUAAUCCUAGCACUUUGGGAGACCGAAGCAGGUAGAUCACACGAGCCCAGGGGUUCAAGACCAGCCUGGGCAACAUGGGGAGACCACAUCUCUACAAAAAUACAAGAAUUGGUCAGGCAUGGUGGCUCACACCUGUAGUCCCAGCUACUUAAAGGCUGAGAUGGGCAGAUGGCUUGAGUCUGGGAGGCUGCGGUGAGCAAGAUCAUGCCACUACACUCCAGACUGAGCAUCAGAGCAAGACCCUGUCUCAAAAAAUAUUAUAUUUAUCAUACUAGGAAAAAACAGUAGGAAGCCCUCUGUAUCAGUUAUCUAUUGAUACACAACAAAUCACCACCAAAGUUAGUGACCUGAGAUAACUUUUUAUUUAUUUAUUUUCUUUUUUUUUUUCCUUUUCCUCUUUUUGUUUUUUCAUGUAACAAGAACCUAGUUUUAGCUGCUUUUUAUUUUUAAGAGAUGGGGUCUCACUCUGUCACCCAGGCUGGAGUGCACUGAUGGGAUCACAGCUCAGUGCAGCUUCGAUGUCCUGAGGCUCAAGAGAUCCACCCACCUCAGCCUACUGAGUAGCUGGGACGAUGUGCACCACUGCAUCUGGCUUGCUUUUGUUUUUUCUUGUAGAGACAGUUUCUUACCAUGAUGCCCAGGCCGAUCUCAAACACCUGAGCUCAAGUGAUCCUUCCAUCUUGCCUCCCAAAGUGCUAGUUUUACAGAUGUGAGCCACAACACUCAGCUGAAAUAACUUUAAAACUGCUCUUUUUCAUGAUUCUGUGGGCUGGCUGGGAGUUCCUUUGCUGUUUUCACCUAGGCUCACUCACGUGGCUGCACUCAAACUAUUCCCAGCACUCAAACAGCAGGACAGCUGAGCAGGAAAAUACAUAGUGGCCUUACCAGCAGGUAUGGCUGUUGGCUGGCACUCCUCCAUGUAGCCUCAUCCUUACAUGGUGGUCUCAGGGCAGUGUUCCAAGGGGAGAAGGGCAGAAGCUACAAGGCCUCUGAAGGACUAGGUUCCAGAACUCACACAUCACUUCUGCCACAUCUAUUGGUCAAAACUAUUUACAAGGCCAGCCCAGAUUCAAGGGAUAGAGAAGGAGACCCCAGUUCUUAAUGUGAGAAGCAGCAAAGUCACAUUGCAAAGGAAUCUGGGGCCGUGAUUAAGCCACAUUAAAAGUUUUUAUUUGUUUUUGUUUUUGAGAUGGAGUCUCGCCCUGUCACCCAGGCUGGAGUAGUGGCAUGAUCUCAGCUCACUCCAACCUCUGCCUCCCUAGUUCAAGUGAUUCUUCUGCCUCAGCCUCCCUAGUAUCUAGGGUUACAGGUGCCCACCACCACUCCCGGCUAAUUUUUGAAUUUUUGUAUUUUUAGUAGAGAUGGGGUUUCACCAUGUUGGCCAGGCUUGUCUGAAACUCCUGACCUCAGGUGAUCUGCUGGCCUUGGCCUCCCAAAGUGCUGGGAUUACAGGUGUGAGACACUGCACCUCACCUAAAAGAUUUUAAACAAGAAUGGAAGGAGUGGGUGGUAGGACGUGAUUGGGUUUGAAAUUUGGGAAGAUUACUGUAAAUACAGAGAGAAGCCUGCAGGCCAGAGUGCCCAUGGGGAUUGGUUAGGAGGCUCCUGCUAGAGUCUAAGCAAGAGAUGGUGGCAGCUUGGACUAGGGUGGUGUGGGGAGGUGGAGAGAAAUAGGUGAUUAGAGAGAUAUUUAAGAGGCAAAAUAGACCUGGCUUGCUGAUGGAUCAGUACAGGAAAGCAAGGGCAAGGGCAACAUCAAGGUUUCUAGAAUUGGGCAAAUAAAGGGGCGGAAAACUGGAAGAAAUGCUGAUUUGGACAUGGAGGCCAUUCAUUCGGGUUCUUGGAGAUAAACAACAAGGGCUGUGGAGCAGGCAACUAAUAUCUGGAGCCUUGGUUAUUUAACACUUUGGGGGCAUUUACAUCAUCAAAUCUACCUUUAAAGAUUAAGAUGGGCCAGGUGCAGUGGCUCACGCCUAUAAUGCUUACCAUGGAGGGUACAGUGGAUUGUGGAUGCUGCUUGGUAAAGUUAUCAUUUCCUCAUAGUCUUGUGUUUUGUACUUUAUCAUGUAUUUAUUAACAAUAGAUAUGUACCAGUACUCCUUUUUUAUUUUAUUUUUUUUUUCUGGAGACUGAGACUGAGUCUUACUUUAUUGCCCAGGCUGGAGUGCAGUGGUGUGAUCUUGACUCACUGCAACCUCCGUCUCCUGUGUUCAAGUAAUUCUCAUCCCUUAGCCUCUUGAAUAGCUGGAACUACAGGUGUGAGCCACUAUGCACAGCUAAUUUUUGUAUUUUUAGUAGAGACAGGGUUUCACCAUGUUGGCCAGGCUGGUCUUGAACUCUUGACCUCAAGUUAUCCACCUGCCUCAGCCUCCCAAAAUGCUGGGAUUACAGGCAAGAGCCACUGUGCCCAGCUCUACCAGACCCUUUAAGACAGAAAAGUUUUGAAUUGUGAGAGCAUAAGUAGACAGCUUCUCCCAUGAUCACAGACAGUACCAUUCAAAAGUUCUGAAAUGUUUACUUAAAAAUAAUGGGGCUGGGCAAGGUGGCUCACAUCUGUAAUCCUAGCAUUUUGGGAGGCCGAGGUGGGCAGACUGCCUGAGCUCAGGAGUUCGAGACCAGCCUGGGGAACACAGUGAAACCCCGUCUCUACUAAAAUACAAAAAAUUUAGCCAGGCAUGGUGGUGUGUGCCUGUAAUCCCAGCUACUCAGGAGGCUGAGACAGGAGAAUCACUUGAACCCAGGAGGCAGAGGUUGCAGUGAGCCAAGACUGUGCCACUGCACUCCAGCCUGGACAACAGAGCGAGGCUCCAUCUCAAUAAUAAAAUAAUAAUAAUAAUAAUGGUAUACCUCCUCAAAAGAGAUUACCUACUAGGUUUUAACAAUUUAGGUUAAAAAGCCAGCUCUGCAUUGCCUGUGAUAGCUGGUAAAUGCCAUGGGGGUAGAGAAGCCCAUCUUGUACAUAUUGGUCAAGAAGGAUGAGUGUUGAAAAUGUUGGGUACUGAGAAGUUAAAGCAAAUACAAUAGAGGCUGAUGGCACAGGAUAAUAAUAGUAGCUAAUAUAGCAUUUACCUGGUGCUUACUGUGUACUGGACACCAUUUGAAUCACCUUACUCAUAUAAGCUCAUUCAGUCCUCACUAUUAUUAUCCACAUUUUAUAACUUAGGAAACCAAGGCCCAGAGAAAUUAAGUAACUUGCUCAAAGUGUCACAGCUAGAAAGAGGUGGAAGCUAGAAUUUGAACUCAAGCCACCUGGCUCUGACUGUGUUAUUACCCUCCACAACAGAACCUGGGCUUCAGGUUCAGGAGAGGUUGAGGAGGCAGCUGUGUAUGGGUGUGGCACCAUGAGGGGAAUGUGGGUUGUGAGUGCCAUGUCCUGUUUACCAGGGGGAGAAGUCAGACCCCUGAGUCAGAGCUCAUGCUGGGGUGCUUUGCUGGGGCCAUAAUGAUGUGUGGGUGUCCAAGCCUCUGGAAGGAAAGGAUUCCCAGCAUUCCUAAAGCCAUAGUCCUGGAAUCUACAUCCCUCCUUAGGCUGAGCUAUCAGUGAGGGUUGAGCAGUGUGGGGAUAAUGAAAUUUAGGAAGCCAGCCUUACAAGCAACACAGAGAGCUCGUGUAUAAUGAGAACUGAGGGUGAAAUCGAUUCAAAGGCCCAGGGGACCACUAACGGUUGGGCAGAAUGGGCAGUGUUAGGAAACUGGGUGGGAUUGUGAAACUCACUGUGAGCAAGUGAACAGGCCAAGGGGUCUUUAGAAACCUGUGCCAAUUACAAAAGGCUCAGGCACAAAAAGGGACCCGGGGGUUUGCACACAGUAGAAUUAAGGAGUGCUGGCAUUGCUUUGGGGGAAGAAGGAAAGCUCCACCUCACUCCCUGGAAGUGGAGAGGAAGGGAGGAAUGGGUGCUUUGGACCCCAGGGCUCUGGUACUGGCAUCGUCUGGGCCGCCUCCCCCACUCCACCAUCGCUGUCAUUCCUGGCCUCACACCUCCACCGCCCCAACACGUGCCACCAUAGGGAGCGGCCGAUCAAGGCAUGACGCUUCGAAGGGUGGAGCCUCACUUAUUCCCCUAUUAAAAGGGGAAAGAGGCCGCGGCGCCGGCCCCAGAAGGGUCUGCUCGUUUUGUCCACGGAAUCCGCAGCGAUAGCGACGUCCUCGAAUCCGCGGCGGGCACGAUGCAGCUCUUGGUGAGGGUGCCCUCUCUUCCGGAGCGGGGCGAGCUGGACUGCAACAUAUGCUACCGCCCUUUCAACCUCGGGGUCCGCGCGCCCCGCCGCCUGCCCGGGACGGCGCGUGCCCGCUGCGGCCACACGCUCUGCACCGCCUGCCUCCGCGAGCUGGCGGUGCGCGGGGACGGCGGCGGGGCGGCCGCGCGCGUGGUGCGCCUGCGACGCGUGGUCACGUGCCCCUUCUGCCGCGCGCCCACGCCGCUCCCGCGCGGCGGCGUCACGGAGAUCGCCCUCGACUCGGACUUGUGGUCGCGAUUGGAGAAAAAAGCGCGGGCCGAGUGCGAACGAGAUGAGGCGGGGAACCCGGCCAAGGAAAGCGGCGACGCUGAAGGAGAAGCGGAGGAGGAAAGGGAGAGCGAGAAGGGGGCGGGGCCAAGGAGCGCUAGGUGGCGCGCACUCCGAAAUCUCUGGGACAGGGUCCUGGCGCCCGCGCGCCGCUGGCGGCGUCCGCUGCCUAGCAACGUGCUCUACUGUCCCGAGAUCAAAGACAUUGCCCACCUGACCCGUUGCACGUUGUAAUCGAGGAACUCGAAGCUACAGCCGAAGGAAGGUGGGAGCUACAGCCUUGCGGGGGCUGAUGCCAAGACUACCCUACCCUCUCUCAGAUCCCAGGAUUGGCACGUGAUGAGAGAGAUGAGCCGAGGGCAGGAGGGAACGCCCUGGGAGGUGUUGAUGCUGAGUUGGGGAGGCUCCUAGACGAACUCGCCCCCAUCCACUGACUGUGCCAGUCUUACAUUUCCAGGAUGGAAUGGCCAAGGAAUGAUAUAAACAAAGCCUACGUUACCGUGGGAAGAAGGCAGACUGUUUUCUUAGCUGGGACUCUGGCUUUUGUCCAGGGUGGCUCUGGUGUGUGGGAGCAACAGGUCCCAUUUUAGCAAUUCUUUGUCAAUGGUUUGAUUUUUUUUUUUUUUUUUAAGAUGGAACGGGAGAGAAGAGGCUAAUUUUCACGUCAUGUAAAUCUCACUUAUCUGGCAUGUAAGGGUGCUGGUAUGCCUGCUGUCUCCCCACUCCCAGUUCUGUGCUCCAAAAAUUGAGAUGGCUCCCUGCCUAUGACUAUGACUGGGAGCCUUACUUCAUUUCAGAAUCUCCCUUCAACCUGCUAGGGCAGGUAUCAGAAAUUCCAAAGGGCAUUUAUGUAAGGUACCUAAUUAAAGCCUAUCAAAGUAGGAAGGGAGAGCCAUCUGGCAAAGGCAUCAUAUUUCAAACUUUUGCUAUUAUCUGUUAUCAGUACAGUCACAGGGAAACAAUGGCGCUAUUGAAAAGAUACUUGUAGUUUUACAAUUUUAAGCUUGUAUCCCAUAAUGGGACAUCACCCAUUGUAUAUAUGCCAUAAAUUCUAUUUUAAAAUCCUGUAUCUUAUUACCAUAUAGUCAUAGUCAAAGACCAGCAGUGUUGGUGCACUGUUGAUGGAAAUGCACAGUCUCACUCCAGGAUCCCACUCCAGACUUCCUGAAACAGACUCGGGCGGAGUUUUUUGUCUUUUUUGAGACAGAGCCUUGCUCUGUCGCCCCAGGCUCACUGCAGCCUCUGCCUCCCAGGUUCAAGCGACUCUCCUGCCUCAGCCUCCCAAGUGGCUGGGAUUACAGGUGUCUGCCACCACACCUGGCUAAUUUUUGUAUUUUUAGUAGAGAUGGGGUUUUUGCUAUGUUAGCCAGGCUGGUCUCAAACUCCUGACCUCAGGUAAACCACCCACCUAGGUCUCCCAAAGUGCCGGGAUUACAGGAAUGAGCCACCGCCCCCUGCCAGACUUGCAGUUAAAAAAUCCCAGGUGAUUUGUGUGCAUAUGAAAAUUUAAGUACCAUUGGUCUAGAUCCUAGACUGUUUAGGAUAUCACCAUCUGUAUAGGUAGAAUAUUUAAAGCAUAAUAGCUGUGAUUGAUAGAUUAUUUUAUCUAAAGAUGUGAAGUAACAUUCUAUUGCUGAAGAAAUCCUAACCUACUAUGUUACAUUUUUUAGUUAAAAAUGUGAACUUAUUAACUUCAAUUUUUUUAGGGGUCUCCAAACUUUUAAAAAUACAAAUAUUGCUUUUUAUUGACCAAUCAUACUUGUAUAUAUUUAUGGGGUAUAAACCUCAAUUUUUGUAACCCUGUUUUGGCAUUUUCCUGUUCUUAUGUCUCAGCUUAAUGCUCCCUCUUCUGAGAGGCCUUUUUCUGCCUUCAAUGUAGUAGAGCCUUUUACCCCACCCCUCAGUAACAUAAUGCCCUGUUUUAUUUUUACUGCUUUUAUUUUCAUGCUUUGUGGGUGUCCCCACUGGAGUGUAAGCCCCAUUGGAGCAAGGGCUGACUUGUGACUGUUUUAUCUCCAGGGCCAACAGCAGUGUUAAUGUAUAGUAUGUACUCAAUAAAUAUUUGUUUGGCUUUUA